ACCAAGUCUCAUAUUUAUCAAGAAAACCUUACCAAAGCUAUAUUCACCAAAUCCUGUCAACUCUCAAAGGAAAAAUGAAAUUAUUGUUUGAGUGAUGAGUUAUUAUAAAAUAUAUAAGAAUAAGAACAAGAGCGUGGUGUUGAGUUUGAGGAGAGAGAGAAUGGAUGCAACGAGGAGGGUGACGCUGUUCUGUAUCCUCAUCCUCUUUUGUCGGUGUGCAGAAUGCAACCAGCCUCACCCACUUGACCCUCUAAGCCCUUCUGAGCUGAACCUAGUCCGAACCAUAGUCCAAACCUCAACCACCCCCCACAACCUCACCUUUGAGUACGUGGGCUUAGAGGAGCCCAACAAGGCCGAAAUCCUCUCAUGGCUAUCAUUAAACCCAAAAAGCAAGCCCAAAGUAGCACCAGCUCGGCGAGCCUCCGUCAUAGCCCGCUUCCAGAAACAAUCUCUGGAGAUGAGCGUUGACUUGUCAAGUGGUUCGAUCGUUUCAAGCAAAGUGUACCAAGGACACGGGUUCCCCAUGCUGACCUUUGGAGAACAAGCGAGGGCGUCGCAGUUACCAUUCAGCCACCAGCCCUUUUUAGAGUCUUUGAAGAAGAGGGGUCUCAACGAGUCUGAGGUUUUGUGUGCCUGUUUCACUAUUGGUUGGUUCGGAGAAGCCAAGACGAAACGGAACGUGAAGGUUAAGUGUUACUACGCAAACGGCACUGCCAAUUUGUAUGCCAGGCCUGUGGAAGGGGUGGCGGCGCUGGUUGACUUGGACGAUAUGAAAGUCCUUGACUACAACGAUAGAUAUGUGGUUCCAGUUCCACUGCCCAAGGCAGAGGCUACUGAGUACAGAGCUUCUAAGCUCAAACCACCGUUUGGUCCGAAGCUCAAACCCAUAGCUGUGUCUCAACACGAUGGACCUGGAUUCUCCAUUCAUGCCCAUACUGUCAGUUGGGCCAAUUGGAAUUUUCACGUAGGAUUUGACAUUCGGGCUGGCCCAAUAAUUUCCCUAGCUUCAAUUUUUGAUCUACAUAAGCAGAAACAUCGUCAAGUACUAUACAGAGGAUUCAUAUCAGAGUUGUUUGUGCCAUACCAAGACCCAACUGAGGAAUGGUAUUACACAACAUACUUUGAUUGCGGUGAAUAUGGCUUUGGACAAUCUAUGUCUUCAUUGCAACCUUUGACUGAUUGCCCACCCAAUGCUGCAUUCCUAGAUGCAUACUAUGCUGCUUCAGAUGGUACCCCUGUAAAGAUAGCUAAUGCCUUCUGCAUAUUCGAAAGGUAUGCUGGUGAUAUCAUGUGGCGUCACACUGAAAUUUCACUCCCGAAUGAAGUGAUAACUGAGGUCAGGUCAGAUGUAAGCCUAGUGGUGAGAAUAGUUUCAACUGUGGGCAACUAUGACUAUGUCAUUGAUUGGGAAUUUAAGCCAAGUGGCAGCAUCAAAUUUGGGGUAGGGCUUACAGGGAUAUUAGGGAUUAAGGGAGGGGCGUACACCAACACAGAUCAAAUAAGAGAGGAUAUUUAUGGCACACUGCUAGCAGAUAAUACCAUUGGUGUCUACCAUGACCACUUCUUCACCUAUUAUCUUGACCUUGACAUUGAUGGUGAAGCCAAUUCCUUUGUCAAGUCCAAUUUGGAGACAGUGAGAGUGAAAGAUCACAGCACACCGAGGAAAAGCCAUUGGACAGUUGUAAGUGAAACGGCUAAGACAGAAGCUGAUGCUAGAAUCAACUUGGGGUUGAAGCCUUCAGAGCUACUGGUGGUAAAUCCUAAUAAAAAGACUAAACAAGGAAACAUAAUUGGGUAUCGUUUGCUUCCAGGCCCAGCAGCACGCCCACUUUUGAUUACUGAUGAUUAUCCACAAAUUAGAGCUGCCUUCACCAAUUACAAUGUAUGGGUCACGCCAUACAACAAAUCUGAGAAAUGGGUGGGAGGGUCAUACGUUGAUCGUAGCAGAGGCGAUGAUACUUUGGCUAGUUGGAGUCUCAGGGAUAGGGAAAUUGAGAACAAGGACAUAGUACUGUGGUACACAAUGGGAUUCCAUCAUGUUCCUUCCCAAGAAGAUUUUCCAGUUAUGCCAACAUUGAGUGGUGGGUUUGAGUUGAGGCCAACCAAUUUCUUUGAGAGCAACCCAGUCCUUAAAACAAAAUCACCCAACUAUGUGCAAUGGCCUAAUUGCACUUCUCAACAUUAGCUGCUAUAUAUGAAUAAGUGUAAACGUACACCCCCAUUUAAGUGGAUGGGGAAGGAGAGAUAGGAAAAUAAACAAAUAAAUAAAUAAAAGAUGUGGCAUGUGAUGAAAAAUUCAAGUAACGAGAAAUAAAAAGAAAAAUGGAAU